ACUUGUACUGUAGCUGAUCUCAAAGUCUUCUACUGCUGAGAGAGGCUGUCUUCCUUUCAGAGAACUCACUGUCCUCUAGUUUCAAGUUUAGUUGUAGCUAGUGCAGAACAAACAACUUUAUUGAGCAAUAAUUAUAUAUUACAUUUCUACUACUGAUCUAAAGACAGGCAUGUAUGCCAAAAAGUCAGAUGAACAGGGGCCAAGCAGAGGAAGGUCUUUUGGCUCUGCUUAUGAGGAGAAGCAGCUCAACAAUGAGGUAACAUUCAUUAAAAUUGAUGAGAACCAGGACAACAGGAGCAUCUCCACUGGAAGGCCCACCAGUUCUGAGAAAGGCAUUGCAACUAUCAUAAUUUCACUGAAAGAUGAAGUCGGUGGUCUCAUCAAGGCCCUUAGGCUUUUCCAGGAAAAACAUGUCAACCACGUUCAUAUCGAGUCUCACAAAUCCAGACGAAGGAAAUCAGACUUUGAGAUUUUUGUGGAUUGUGAUGCUGACUACAAACAGCUUAAUGAGCUGACUCAGCUGCUAAGGAAGCAUACUGAUGUUGUUGAGAUUACUCCAUUUGACAACUCCACUCUACCUGAUGAUGAUAUGGCUGGUGUGCCCUGGUUCCCUAAGAAGAUCUCUGAUUUGGAUCUGUGUGCAAACAGGGUUUUGAUGUAUGGCUCUGAAUUAGAUGCAGAUCAUCCGGGAUUUAAAGACAACAUAUACCUUAAAAGAAGAAAAUAUUUUGCUGAUUUGGCGAUAAGCUACAAACAUGGCGAUCCUAUUCUUCGUAUAGACUUCACAACAGAGGAGGUGCAUACCUGGGGCGUGGUGUUCAGGGAGCUCAACAAGCUGUACCUCAGCCAUGCCUGCAAGGAGUAUCUGAAGAACCUCCCUCUGCUGACCAAAUACUGUAACUACAGUGAAGACAACAUCCCCCAGCUGGCAGAUGUCUCACACUUCCUCAACGAGCGCUCAGGCUUCAUUAUUCGGCCAGUAGCAGGGUACCUCUCCCCCAGAGACUUUCUGGCAGGCCUGGCCUUCAGAGUAUUCCACUGCACUCAGUAUGUCCGCCACAGCUCUGAGCCUUUGUAUACACCUGAACCAGACACAUGCCAUGAGCUACUGGGUCACGUUCCUCUGCUAGCUGAGCCCAGCUUCGCGCAAUUCUCUCAGGAGAUUGGUUUAGCAUCGCUGGGAGCUUCAGAUGAUGAUGUACAGAAACUGGCCACAUGUUAUUUCUUCACAGUGGAGUUUGGUCUAUGUAAGCAGGAUGGCAAGCUAAGGGCCUAUGGAGCUGGACUCCUCUCCUCCAUCAGUGAACUCAAGCAUGCUUUGUCUGGCAAGGCCCAUAUCCUUCCAUUUGACCCCAUGGUGACCUGUAAUCAGGAGUGCAUAAUAACUACAUUCCAAGAAGUGUACUUUGUUUCCCAGAGUUUUGAGGAAGCCAAGAACAAAAUGAGGGAGUUUGCCAAGACCAUUCAGCGUCCAUUCACAGUACGGUACAACCCCUACACCCAGAGUGUGGACGUCCUGAAGGACACCAACAGCAUCAAAAGCAUGGUGAAAGACAUCCGGCAUGAGCUGGACAUCGUAGAAGAUGCCCUGAACAGACUCAACAAACACCUGAAAGUCUGAGUGGGGCUUGUCAUGAUGUUCAGAAGAGGCCGGGGAGGAGGGGCACUAGGAUACUGACCUGAACCAAGAUGGUGGUUAGGCUAACCUGCUGUGAUUUGAUCAUCUUGAGUAGAGUUAUAAUCAUACAGUACUUAAUGCCUCCUUUAUGGGACAGGCCUGUCAGCAUUGGCCUCAAGUUAGGCUUGAUGUGGCAAGACGGUUGGGACAGGAUUUGGGUCGAGCUGUGCUGAAAAGCUUACUGAAAUCACUAAUCUCCACGUAAUUACGUAAUUAUGACUGGGAAAGCUCCAACAUAUCCGACUUGGAGCUUAAUACAGAAGUACCUGAAAACCACAUCAGCCUCAAGUAUGUCAUUCAAGGUAAUUAAACCCAGUGGGUUUAAUGGAUAGAGGGCUAUAUCAAUGCAAAUUACUGUAUUUUUAACCCUCACACCACCAACUCUAAAAUCACACAACUGCCUUGAGUUAUCUGAAAGGAAAGCUCUAUUGGUGUUGCUUCUGAGAGCAGUGUUAUAUAAAAAUGUAAUGAUGGGAAACAGUUAAUUAUGAUUUAUGUAAGUUCCUAUGAUAGAAUGGUAAUAACAUAUAUUAAAGUUUUAACUUUGCCACAAUGUGAAGGCUAAUGUCUAAUGCUACCAAUUCACUGUAAUGAUGGAUCCUGGUAUUUAAUGUUUCUGCAUUAAAUACCAGGAUGCUUAUUUGUUUGUACCUUUACUCUGUUAAUGGAGCAUUAUGAGGUGUUGUUGACAGCUGGCAUACCCAAACAGCAAUGGAUUACAAUACCUAGGCCCAGGUGAAAAAGAAAUAUACUUAAAUUGUGCAUUUUUUCAAUGUACUUAUCACAUUUUAAUUGUACUAUACUAAGUGCAUACUAAAUGUUAUUUUGGAACAACUUUAAGUAUUAAGUGUUUAAAAAUGCUUAACCUCAAUUUUAAGCUAAUCGCAAUAUAUUUUAAUGUACUUAGCUGUGUUAAAAUGAAACAACUUUAAGUACCUUUUUGUAAUUGAAAUGUAUUACUUUAAAUUACAUUUAAAAUACCUUUUCCUGUCAUAUUUAAGGUACUCUCAAGUUUCAUAUAAAUAUGUUCCCUCGAAACUUUCAAUAGGAUAUUAACUCAUGUAUUACCACUACACUCCAAGAGCCACUAUUAUAUGUAUAAUAAAAAUAAACUUUUAUAAACCAUUAAACAAUGACUAGCUCAUUAUUACAGCAUUAAAAAUAUACUAAAAAUGCCCCUUUAGUACAAUAAAAAGCAGUAAAAAAUUAAAAAUUUAAACCAACACACACACAGAAAACUAGAACAACAGAUAAUGUAUAUCUUGUAUAUAUUAGACAAAAAUAAAUUCCCUGUGUACAUUAUGGAGUACAGCAUAUAACAAAUAAAAUAAAUUCAGUGAAAUGGUAAGGCAGAGCUACUUUAAACAGAACAGAUUUUCAAAGAGGUAUGCAUCACAUUGCAAUUUACUGAUUUUCAAAUUUGCAGAAAUAAAUAAAGUGCAUUUUCUAUUAACUCAAGGUCAGCAUACAAAUGGCUGAACCAAAUACUGAAACUUAAAUGUCACCAUCUUCAUCCUUCCAGUGGGGGGUC